CGCCAGCCCAGGACCUCCACAUCUGAUUUCUUCACUUGCGGGAUCGUCUGAGUCCAGCCACCCUGACAGAGAGAGCAGCUGUGGACGGCCUGUAUAGACGUAGGGGAGCUGUGUGUGUGGCACCUCAGGGAGCCCACCAAGCCUUUCCAGAGGAUCCAGCUGCCUGACUGUGCAGGUGUCACCUGCCUUAUCAAGGUCAAAAACCAGAUCUGGGUUGGGGGCCGAGGGUGGAGUUCAGGGAAGUCCAGGGGGAAGAUCUACGUAGUGGAUGCCCAGCGACACACGGUGGAGAAGGAGCUGGUAGCUCACACAGACUGUGUCCAGGCACUGUGCUCCGCAGAGGACCGCUAUGUGCUGAGUGGGGCAGCCCGUGAGGACGGGAAGAUAGCCAUCUGGAAAGUGGAGUAACUUCAGUGGAAAUUCAAUACUGCCCCCUGGUAGCUAGGGGUCAGAACAGGAUCGUGUUCAUUAGGCAUCAAACGGUAGAAAACGGACUGAAACAGGAAGUUGUUCAAUAAGAAACGCUCAUUUUUGUUAACCAUUGAAAAUUGUUUUGCUAAGGUGUGCCCUAAUAACCCAGGUGAUUAUGAACAGUUGGGAAAUAAACUCUUGUCGUGAUUUGUGACUGCCUAUGGAUGGAUGACCAACCCAAAGUUCACCUGAUUGCAUAGGAUUUAUUUUUAUUGCUGGAAUAAUCUUUCCAACCUAUAGUUUUAAACAUGUAUCUUAUUGUUUAUGUUAAAGGGAAACUAUUUAGGUAUUUGUUUCAUUAGUCCAUUGUUGAUAUAAUCCCAACAUGUUUUGAAUGUCAGAAAUACAUUUUAAGAUAUAUAACUUAAAAAAUACAGAAAUACUGCUGGUGUGAUGCAUUUUUGGACUAUAUCAACAAUAGACUAAUGAAGCAAAUACCAAAACACUGUUUUGGGUGUCAUUUUCCUUUUAAGUAUUAUUUACAUUGGAGGAACCAUAGAUGUUAUCUUUUUAUAUUGGGAUGCUUCACAGGUUACUCACAUCCAAAUAAGUAUUUCAUAUUUAAUGUAUGUGCUUUCUCUUCUAAAUAUUUUUUUGUAUGUUUAAUACACUCAACCCAAACUAUGCAUUUUAGUAUUAUUAAAAUGUUAAGUAAUGC